AAGCAGCUCCUGAGCCACAUUACUGCAGCCCUACAGAAGCACGGAGCAGCUCGGCUGCCCGUUUCAGAACGAAAAGGAAGAGGCCGGGAAGGAGAGCAGGGACGGGAGAGCAGAAAAGGCUGCCACCAACGACUCAAACGGGCAGCUCUGCUCAGUGCUCUGCGUCGGCUGCAACCUCAGCUCACCCCCCGUGGCAUCGCCCCCCCCCGGCCCCCCAACUCUGCGGAGCAGAACUACGAGGUGCUGAGCUUCGCUGAGGCAGGGCCGUCCACGCCUCGCAGCUCCCGCCUCCUCUUCCGCUUCGCUCAGGAGCUCCGUGGGAACGCAGAGGUCCUUCAAGCGCACCUCCACCUCUUUUGGACCCCCCCGGGUCCCGGCGGCUCCCAGCCCGUGUCCGUACGGCUGCUGCUCGGGGACGCGGCUCAGAACGGCACGGCGCUGAGCGAGGCGCUGUUGGAGGCGCACGGGGACGGCUGGGCUGCGCUGGAUGUGAGCGACGCGCUGCGGAGCGCCCUGAGCCGCGGCACGGAGCAGCUGACGGUGGAGCUGAGCACCGCGCGACCCCCGAUGCCCACCUACGGGGACACCCACAGACCCUUCGUGGCCGUCCGCGCCCGGAGCAGACCCCCCCCCCCCCCCCGCCGUCGCAGAGGCAUCGAUUGCGGCGGGACCACGCGGAUGUGCUGCCGCAAAGAGUUCUUCGUGGACUUCAGGGAGAUCGGCUGGGAGGAUUGGAUCAUCCAACCGGAGGGGUAUCACAUGAAUUACUGCGCCGGGCUGUGCCCCCCCCACGUGGCCGCCGUCCCCGGGGUGGCCGCAUCGUUCCACACCGCCGUCUUCAACCUCAUCAAAGCCAACAACGCCGACGCGGCCGCGGAUUCGUGCUGCGUCCCCACGCAGCGCCGCCCGCUCUCGUUGCUCUACUACGACCGCGACAGCAACAUCGUCAAAACCGACAUCCCCGAUAUGAUCGUGGACGCGUGCGGGUGCACUUAAGGCACUUAAGGGACCCCCCCCCCGACCCCCCCCCGCAGAGCCCUCCGUGUCUCAGGGGUGGAUCCGCGCUCUCCUUCCCGUGCGCCCCUUUCCCCGCUGUGGGUCCGUGUCGGAUUCCGCUCUGUGUUGGAGGUCGGAAAUCCAACCCUGUGCUGCUGCGGUUUGAAUGGAGGGGAGGGGUGUGUGGGGGGGGGUCUGAGAUGGGGGUUGGGUGGGGGGGGGGGC